ACCUUGAAACUCAACCGACGUUAAUAGAAGACACAAAUAAAAGCAUAAUAUCUACAAAAAAUGAUGGCUUAUUACAUGGAGUUGCAUUAUUUUUGGUUUCUUUUGGUUUAGCUUGCGCUGUAUUUUUAGCCGCAUUAGAUCAAACAAUCGUUGCUACCGCUUUACCUAGUAUAGCUUCCGAGUUUAAUGGGUUGGAUCAAAUGGCAUGGGUCGUAACUUCUUAUCUACUCACAUUGACUUCAUUUCAACCAAUCUAUGGAAAAUUAUCUGAUAUUUUUGGUCGUAAAGCAACAUUCUUAUUUUCAAUUUCUCUUUUUGAAUUGGGCAGUUUAUUAUGUGGUAUUGCCAAUAACAUAGUUUCAUUGAUAAUAUACCGUGCAAUCGCUGGUAUUGGAGCUGGUGGUAUCUUUGGACUUGGUUUGGUUAUUAUUGCUGACAUUGUCAGCGCUAAAGAUCGGGGGAAAUACCAAAGUAUUAUUUCCGUGUGUUUUGGAGUUGCUUCCGUGGCUGGACCGCUCAUGGGUGGUGCUUUUACUGAUCAUCUUAGUUGGAGAUGGUGUUUUUUCAUCAAUCUUCCUCUAGGUGCAAUAGCAAUAAUCAGUGUAAUUGUUUUUCUUCACAUGCAAAGGCCAUCUGGUUCAGUAUUCGAAAAAAUUUAUAGAAUUGAUUUCCUUGGCAUAAUCAUAAUGAUUGCAUCGACUAUUUGUCUCUUAUUACCUCUUAAUUGGGGAGGUAGUACUUAUGCAUGGGAUAGUCCUGUGGUCAUAGGGCUUUUUUGUGCCGGCGCAGUUGGAUACAUAAUAUUUGGUCUUGUUGAAAGUUACGUCGUUAAUGAGCCUGUUGCUCCACAUAAAGUGUCGUAUCGAUGUGUAACUUUAGUUGCUGCAACAUUAAUAAUAAUCGGUGCUGGUUUAACCACUAUGUGGAAUGAAAACACCGGAUAUGGUGAAUUUAUAGGGUAUAUGUUAAUUAGUGGUGCUGGGAUUGGUACAAGUAUCCAAUCUAUUACAUUAUGCGCUCAAGAAUUGGUUGAGCGCAAGGAUAUAGCCUCCGCUACUACUUUAGUAUUAUUCUUUAGAAUUGGAGCUGUCUUUGGAACUGCAAUAACCGGAACAGUAUUUAAUAAUAAGCUUUCACAAUCAUUAAGUACAUUAAAUUUGCCUCCAACUUUUUCCACAAAUUCUGUAUAUACUAUAAGAUUAUUACCACCUGAAAUACAGCCUUCAGUUAUUCACGCUUAUGUAUUAGCAUUUCAGUUAAUUUUUUAUUUUACAAUACUUUAUAGUGUAUUAAUGUUUAUUUCAGCUUUAUUUAUGGGAAAUAUUAAACCUAAGUUUAGAGAAAGAGAUGAAAAAAAUGUUAUAUUUGAAUAA